UUAUUGCAGGAAGUUGGUAGCAUUAUCGGGAAAAAAGGAGAGAUUGUCAAGAGGUUCCGUGAAGAAUCCGGCGCGAAAAUCAAUAUCUCCGAUGGUUCCUGCCCGGAACGGAUAGUGACUGUCACCGGGCCGACGAACUCGAUCUUCAAGGCGUUCACGCUGAUAUGCAAGAAGUUCGAGGAGUGGUGCUCUCAGUUCCACGACGUUCCGGGUAGCGGUGCCGGAGGUGGCGGUGGUGUAUCGAGGCCGCCUAUCACACUCAGACUGAUUGUCCCUGCUUCGCAAUGCGGCUCCCUGAUCGGCAAGGGUGGUUCCAAGAUCAAAGAAAUUCGGGAGGUUACUGGCGCCUCCAUUCAAGUCGCUUCCGAGAUGCUGCCUAACUCGACGGAACGUGCAGUAACCAUAUCCGGUACCAGCGAGGCAAUCACGCAAUGCAUAUAUCAUAUCUGUUGCGUUAUGCUAGAG